AUGGUUAAGAUUACGUCGUACGCUACGAGGGAUAUUAGGUUUCCCACCUCCCUCGAUAAAACUGGCAGCGAUGCCAUGAAUGUUGCCGGUGACUAUUCAGCAGCAUAUUGUAUCUUCUACACCGAUGCUGAACUGACGGGACAUGGCCUGACAUUCACCAUCGGCCGCGGCAACGAAAUCGUCCGCGCAGCAAUCGGCGAAUUCGCAAGCAUGGUCAUCGGCAAAGACCUCGACCAGCUAACAGCCAACUGGGGCCGAACAUGGCGAUACCUAGUGUCCGACAGCCAAAUCCGAUGGAUCGGUCCUGAAAAGGGCGUGACACAGUUAGCCCUGGCGGCCGUGGUGAACGCUCUCUGGGAUCUGUGGGGGAAAAGUCUGGGGAAGCCCGUGUGGCGGAUUGUAGCGGAUAUGACGCCCGAGGAGGUCGUCAGGUGCAUUGAUUUUCGGUAUAUCACUGACGCCUUGACUCCUGGGGAGGCGAUUGCGUUGCUUCGUGAGAAUGAGAAGGGGAAGCAGGAGCGGAUUAAGGAGGCGGAGAGUAAUACGGCUGUGCCGGCUUAUACGACCAGUGCUGGGUGGUUGGGAUACCCGGAGAACAAGCUGAGGAGUCUUUUGCAGGAGAGUGUGCAGCUGGGAUAUAAGCAUUUCAAGUUGAAGGUUGGGGGGAGCGUGGAGGAUGAUAGACGGCGACUGGCGAUUGCAAGGGAAGUCAUUGGGUACGACAAGGGGAAUGUGUUGAUGGUGGAUGCGAACCAGGUCUGGUCCGUCCCCGAAGCCAUCGACUGGAUGCGCGAACUCGCCGAAUUCAAGCCGUGGUUCAUCGAGGAACCCACCUCGCCCGACGACAUCCUGGGCCACGCAGCCAUCAAAAAGGCCCUCUCCAACACUCCUCACGGCCCUAUCGGCGUAGCCACGGGAGAGAUGUGCCAGAACCGCAUCAUUUUCAAGCAGCUCCUCCAAGCCGGCGCCCUGACAGUGCUCCAAGUCGACGCGUGCCGCGUCGGCGGCGUCAACGAAGUCCUCGCCAUCCUGCUGAUGGCGAAGAAAUUCGGCGUGCCCAUCGUCCCUCAUUCUGGAGGUGUCGGUCUGCCAGAGUACACGCAGCAUCUGAGCACGAUCGAUUACGUGGUUGUCAGUGGGAAGAAGAGUCUGCUGGAGGCUAUCAGUCAUCUGCAUGAACAUUUCGUGCAUCCGGCUACCAUUCGACAUGGAUAUUAUGUUACCCCUACGGCCCCGGGGUAUAGUGCAGAGAUGAAGGAGAGUAGCUUGGAAGCGUUUGAAUUCCCUGGUGAGGAGGGGAAGAGUUUCUGGAGGACGGAUGAGGCGAAGGGGAUUCUGGAUGCGCCGAGGGUGCUUGGCUUGAGGGUCUAG